AUGGACAAGCGCUUGCCUCAUCGGAUCCGGGAGAUUCGGCUCCAGUUCCAGAGCACAGGAAAGAGCUGCACGGCAGACAGAGCCUUGUCGCUGAGGGGAUUUCGUGUGAAAGAUGAACUUUGUAGGAACUACACGGAAUAUGGGCGAUUGAAGCAGCAGGCCCUACGGCGCAUGGUCUUGCAGGAAUUGAGCACUCCUCUUCCUGCUGAUCCCGGGCAGAACGGCACAGAUGCGGCGGAUGGACAAGCUGCAGAGCCAAAGAAAAAGAAAAGGCGCAAAGCCGAAGACAAGAAAUCCGAGGGUCAGACUUCAGCCUUUCCCACCCAACCUACUGCAGAAAAGGAAAACAUGAACGAUUCCAUCAGGCGGCUUUACUCCCAAAGCGUCCCUGCUAAUGACGCCAACCUUGCGGCCAAAGCGGAGCGGGUGGGGCAAGACGCCACUGCCAUGCGCAAGGCAAAGGAGAAGGCAGCCAUGGCAGCAGCACGACGUGAGCAAGGUCUGUCGGAUCCCGUUGGUCGUUCUGGAUUUGCUCCGGAAGAUCGGCCAGAGGAACGGCUGGAAGACUUGGGAGGUGUGGAUGAAAUACUACAGGAUCUUCGACAACUGAUAGUCCAGCCAUUGAGCCAUCCAGAAGUCUUUUCACAUUUGGGUGUCCAACCUCCCACUGGAGUCCUAUUGUUCGGUCCUCCUGGUUGCGGCAAGACGAAGAUUGCUCAUGCCAUUGCCGGCACCACUGGAGUACCCUUUUUCAAGAUUGCGGCCACGGAGAUUGUGUCCGGGAUGUCUGGAGAGUCUGAAGCGAAGAUUCGACAACUCUUCCAAGCGGCCAUGGGUGCUGCUCCCAGUCUGAUCUUCAUGGAUGAAGUGGAUGCCAUCACCCCCAAGCGCGACUCGGCCGGUCGGGAGAUGGAGCGGCGCAUCGUGGCGCAGCUCUUGACAUCAUUGGAUGAGAUCCAGAAAAGCAACGUGGUGGUCUUGGCUGCAACCAAUCGGCCAGAUGCCUUGGACCCUGCCCUGCGAAGGGCUGGGCGCUUUGACCGGGAGAUUGCCAUGGGAAUUCCAGAUGAGGCGGCACGAGCCAAGAUCCUGGAAAAGAUGGUGCAGGGAAUGCGACUGGCAGAGAGCUUGGAUCUGAAAUUCUUAGCCAAGAAAACUGCAGGUUUCGUGGGUGCAGAUCUGUCAGCCCUCACAAAGGAGGCAGCGCUUGGUGCUGUGCAGCGUGCUUUCAAGGACCUCUCAGCGUCCCGUGCGCUCUCAGCACCUGAAGCAUCCGACUCCAACGGCAUCGCUGGGACGUCAACAGGCGCAGAGUCGAAGGCCUACAGCGCAGAGGAGAUGGAAAACUUGGCCAUCGAGGCCGCGGAUUUCACGGAGGCACUCAGCAAGGUGCAGCCCUCCGCGCGGCGCGAAGGCUUCACCACGAUCCCGGAUGUGAAAUGGGAAGAUGUCGGUGCUCUGAAAGAGGUGCAGGCCGACAUGGACGCAGCAGUCUGCGAACCCAUUCGCAAGGCUGAGCUGUUUCGAGAGCUAGGCUGCACCUGUCAGGAUGCCUGCGCCGUGGAGUUCUAUCCACCGCCACCCAUUAAAUGGCACGCCUCGGUUGAGCAGCAUGAGUCCAUCAUCCACGAUGCGGAGGAGCGUGGGCUCUGGAACAAGCAGCCGAAACCUGCGAUGCAGAAGCAUUCCAGGGGUAGUUCCGAUGCCACAACGAAGAUUGGGAGCCAGGAUGAAGACAUGCACAUCUUGGUAAAGGGAGCCUUUGCAGUGGAUCCACCAACUGACAACGUUCGAGCAUAUCGUGCUACAGCCUUCUACCAGAGCGAAGGCUUAGAGCCUCGAGAAAGGAGAAAGACUGAGCCCCAGCAGGCUGUGGCCAGCGAAUAUGGACAGCAACUCCAGGACUGUAAGAUGGAGGCACGCUUCAACCUCCCUUACAACUCCCGGGAGCAGUUUGUAAAGGUUCAACUCCUGGCCUCUACGAUGGAUGGGGCGGAACUCCCUGUUGGCGAAGCCACAGUUCCCAUCGCCGACCCAAUGACGGAGUCCAUGAACAGCUGGCGGAUCAUGCGAGAUUUCGAGGAACAAGGAGAGGUUUCCCUUCAGAUCCUGCUCCCUGGAAAUGACUCUGGAAAUGAUUCCACAUCUCUGGGCUCAUCAGUGCAGAAGUCGAUCCUCACGGAGAAUUCGGAUUUGGCGGCCAAAUAUGCGGCGGUGGCGUCCAAAUCGAUGGUUGAGUCCAGUAUGCUGAGCUCGAAGGAGGACUCCAUCGAUUCCAUGGUGCCUGAACCCUUCAGCGAUGCUGAUACGCCGGUUGACAACAAGGUCCAGUCCAACGGCAGUUUCAAUCCAGGUGACAAGGUGCAGGUGGUCUCAAAAUCGAGUGGACAAUGGGUACUUGCCUCGAUUGUUCACGUCGAGCGGACGCAGAAUGAAGUGAUAGUACAACACGGCGAAUUGCGGAAGGUGAUCAACUUGAAGGCUCCGAAGCUGGCAGAGUCUUUCCUGUCUCUUGGGGCUUCUGGCAGCCCAGUGCUGGGCGGCUUCAAGCUGGGAUCUUCUGCUGAAGUUUUUUCAGCCAAGGCUCAACGCUGGCUGAUCGGAGAAGUGACCCGCCUCGACUUGGGGCGAACAGAAGUAACCGUUGAGUAUGAGGGCAGAGUGAAGACUGUAAACUUGAAUGCUCCAGAGCUCGCCAAGUAUUUCCGCAAGUGCGAACCGCCUGCCCUCAGCUUUGGCGCCGAUGCUCCAGCGAACCCGGCGCCGCAAGCACCGCAACCAGCGCCGCAACCAGCGCCGCAACCAGCGCCGCAACCAGCGCCGCAACCAGCGCCGCAACUAGCGCCGCAACCAGCGCCGGCACAGGUGGAACGAGACAUGCAGGAGCACAGGCGCCAGUGCUCCGAAGGGAGAUGA